AGGGCGGGGCGCGAGAAGCCGCGGCGGGCGCGGCGGCGGCGGGCGAUGCGGGCGGCUGCGGGCACCCGGCGGGCUCGGCUCGGCCGCCGCCGCCUUCUUCGGCUCCGCCGCGGGGGUCGCAGCGGCUGCCGCGCCGUCCUCGAGCUCCCAGCGUGAGGAGGCGGCGGGCAGAGAGAAGCAUCACGCUCCAGGCGGAGACCCAGAGGGAACCCCGCGGGCGGCCUCGCUCAUUGCUAUGGACAGUGCUAUCACCCUGUGGCAGUUCCUCCUCCAGCUCCUACAGGAGCCUCAGAACAAGCACAUGAUCAGCUGGACCUCUAAUGAUGGGGAGUUCAAGCUCUUGCAGGCAGAAGAGGUGGCUCGUCUCUGGGGGAUUCGUAAGAACAAGCCUAAUAUGAAUUACGACAAACUCAGCCGAGCCCUCAGAUACUAUUAUGUAAAGAAUAUCAUUAAAAAAGUGAAUGGUCAGAAGUUUGUGUACAAGUUUGUGUCUUACCCAGAGAUUCUGAAAAUGGACCCACUGACCGUGGGCAGGACUGAGGGAGACUGUGACGCUGUGAGCUGCAGUGAAGUCGGCGGCAGCUGCAGGGACCCUGAGAGUGGGGGCAGGGAGAAGCCCCCGCAGCCCGGGGCCCGGGCCUCCAGCCGCAACGACUACAUACACUCCGGCUUGUAUUCUUCCUUUACUCUCAACUCUUUGAACUCCUCCAGUAAGAAGCUCUUCAAACCUAUAAAGAUUGAGAGUCCAGCUGAGAAGCUGGCAGAGAAGAAGCCGCCUCAGGAGCCAACACCGUCUGUCAUCAAAUUCGUAACAACACCUUCCAAAAAGCUGCCAGUUGAACCUGUUGCCGCCGCCCUGUCAGGCGGCCCAAGCAUUUCUCCAUCUCCGGAAGAAGCGCUCCAGGUGUUGGAGACUUUGGCUUCCCCCAGACUGCCUUCCCUGGAAGCCCCGGCCUCUGCAGCCGGCGGCACCCCCGCCUUUGCCACGCCCCCCAUCUCCGCCUCCCCUUCUGUGCAGGAGCCCCCCAGGACCCCUUCACCGCCGCUGAGUCCCAACCCCGACAUUGACACCGACAUCGAGUCCGUGGCCUCGCAGCCCAUGGAACUUCCCGAGAACUUGUCACUGGAACCUAAAGACCAGGAUUCAGCUUUGCUGGGAAAGGACAAAACAAGUAAUUCCUCAAGAUCCAAGAAACCCAAAGGCUUAGAGCUGGCGCCCAUCCUUGUGAUCACGGGCAGUGACCCGAGCCCCCUGGGAAUAUUGAGCCCGUCCCUCCCCACAGCUUCUCUUACACCAGCACUUUUCUCACAGACGCCCAUCUUACUGACGCCGAGCCCCUUGCUCUCCAGCAUCCACUUCUGGAGUACUCUCAGCCCUGUUGCUCCUCUGAGUCCAGCCAGACUGCAAGGUGCUAACACACUCUUCCAGUUUCCUUCUGUACUGAACAGUCAUGGACCGUUCACUGUGUCUGGCCUGGAUGGACCACCCACCACCCCUGGCCCAUUUUCCCCAGAUCUACAGAAAAUAUAACCUAUGCACUUGUGGAAUGAGAGAACCAAGGAAUAAAGAAACAGAGUCGUUCAACAUGAUUACAUUUGAAGUGAGCAGUUAAUAGUUCUACAAUGCUAAUAAUAGACUAUUGUGAUUUUUGCCAUUCCCCAUUGAAAUGCCUUUUUAAGAUUCCCUUUGAAUAUGACUCAAGUUGGACUGUAUAUGAAAAUGCCUUAAUUGGAGUCCAAACUCCACCUCCCUCUUCCUUCCUUCACUCCUUCCUUCCUUCCUUCCUUCCUUCCUUUCUAAAUAUUUUGAGCUUUGUGUUAAAGAAAUUUUUGGUGGGGUUUAGCAGCUAGCUAUGCUUUGCAAGAGCAGUUAAGAACAAAGUUACUCCUGCCUUAUUGGGACCCUUUGGCCAGGAAAACAGUGAUGCUUUGAGUGUAUUAUUUGGAGAAAUGUGAACUGCAGUUGGCCGUAUCUUCAGGACUAAGUGUGUUCUGUGGAAUAACUAAAAGUGAGCUGUGUACAAGCAGUGAAGGAAAAGGAAUCCUUCCUGUUCACACAAAGUAAGAUUGGAGCAGUAUUAUCAGAGAGAUUCUAUUUGGCUGUAAAGGGGAACGUAGGUAGGCAACUCCACAGAAAGACAUCUUCCUUACCUUUAUCACAUGGGUUUCUUAGCCAUAAGUGUGAUCUUGUUUGAACCUGUGAACAGAGCAUGGAGCCUAGUCUGUUUCAACAUAGGAAGAUAUUUUAAACUUGGGGUUUAAGAUAGUGUUUGCAGCAACCAGUGAGAAUAGGGGACCCCAUCUCCAGCACGGAAGUGCCGUCAACUCUCUGGGUGGUAUGAUUAUACCCCCGUGGUACACAGCCUGGUAAGUGAUGGUUUUUAGGAUGAAGCUGGGUUUUGGAAUCUUGAGGCAUCUCUGAAUGAAACGUUCAACUGAAUGACUUGAAACAACAUGUGGGGCUGUCCCAGUUAGAAGAGACUUUUUCUUUCCUGUUCAUUUUACCCUAUUUUCCACUGCAUAUUUACCUUCUUUUAAAUUUAAGGUUGUUAGGGGUUGUGAUAGUUUUAAAGAUGUUAUUAGGAAGAUGAAAAGCAAAGCGAAGCCUCCAAAUCUCAGGUGAGGUAAAGAUGUGCUUAUUUCUUUGACAGAAAAAUUUUUUUAAAUUAGAGAGCCGCAGAAUUUGUUUGGAAAUGCUCACACACAGGGAUUGGAUUGUUCACAUCAGUAGUGAGAAAUGUAGGCCUUCAUCUCUACGUUAGCACAUUUAUAAAACGUUACCAUAUGGUAAUCAGUGCCAGGUGCAGACUGAGCUGUGGAGCCUCCAGACUGAUACCAACAUCACAGUGGACUCUUCUGAAGAACUUGGCUUUGAAAGUCUAGGAUUAGAUUAUAUGCCACCACCACAACACUGCCCAUUAACCUCAUCUUUUAACUCUAGAAACAGUUCUAUAAUUGAGUCCCAUAAACUAAAGGGAAAGAGGGAGUAAGCAUUGGAGGGCUCAGAAUGACACUGAGACAAACCAGCGUCUUCCAGAUGUAGAAUACUCACUUUAAAUGUUUCUGUACAGUGUAGAGAAGCUGUAGUGUGAGACGUCCAUGCUAGGUUAGUAGGAGUGGAGGGACAGUAUUCAGGGAGCUGUCUUUAUAUUUGUAGUGUUGAAGACCUGUUCGUGAUUCAUUUGUGGUCACCAGCUGAAAGAUCUGUUCUUGGGGUGUUCUGGAGUGAUGGGGAACAGACGGUGGGACUUGUCUCCCACACUGAGUCAUUUACUUGGCAUGCUUGUUUGAAAUCAGACCUCUCAGGAGCACUUUGGAAUAGUUAUUAGGUUAAUGAAUAUUUUGUACUUUAAAUGUAAGUAUUGAUGGCUUGAUUUAACUAGAUAUUUUAAAUUUUGAAAGCACAAAAGUAUUUUAUCUCUUUGAAGUAAGGGAGAAAAGCCAUUGGUUGUUUUCAUAGACAAUAUCUUUGAAGAUUACCUAUCUCAGCACAGGGGUGCCUGGGAACCAAGGGCACCAUUAAAACUCAGUCACAGCACCUUCCUAGGAACCAGUUUUCGUGAGUCCUCUGUCUGUAACCCUACCCCGGAAGCCUCCAAGAGGUGUGGGCCUCAGGAGAUUGAUGAUCUGCUUUCUCUUUGAGAUCAACUGAUGUGGAGAAGUGUGUGUGUGUGUGUGUAUUUCCUUUUUUAAAUGAAAGUUUACAACCUUAGCUCAAGUGUAUGAGGCAGACCGUUCUGUUUGUAAACUACCUCCUUCCUGGAAAAGUCUCAGCUUCAUGUUUUUUGAACAUCCAGAGUUCUUAGCAUCAAAAGGUGACCUACCACUUAAGCUCGGUAUUCACCGGGGAGCCUCUGUUUGGUGUCUGUAGCUGGUAUCCAUCACGAGUCAUUUUGCCGGGAUGAUGGCUGGUGGGCCAAAGUCGCCCAAGUUAAGGGAAGGGAGCGGGUUGGAUGAGUUUUUGAGGUAUCUGUCAUUAUCUUAGCUUUUCAUCUGCCCUGGCCCAUAUCUACUCAUCUGUAUGCUGGGGAAUGUUUAAAACAACCAGGCUCUCAGAAGGGGAAAAAAAGCCCUUAAAUCGUAGCGUUUGCUGAUUCCCGUGAUGCAAGCGACUCCCCCUGGGGCUCGUUUGAGGCCACUGCCUUCGAGUUGAGGGUGGGUGGGCACAGCGCUGCUCUCGUGGCCGGCCGUCGCCACGCCACUCCAGGCCUGGGUGGGCUUCCACAUAAUUUCCAAAGUCAUUCUCUUCUUGUUCCUACGCUGGUUUGUUAAGAUACAAAAUUAAAAUCACAUGUCUAACUUCAGUAAUUUUUUUUUUAAUGGUUUGUCAAUGCUUUUGUGAUGUAAUAUUCCUCAUGGUGUAUUUUGUGUGUUCUAACAAAGGUGAAGACUUCCAUUGAUUUUUAAAAAUACAUACUUAAGGGAAUAAUCCAGAAAUCCUCAAAAAGUCAGUGUAAGCUUCUUAGAACUAAAACAUAGGUUUAAUUUUUCCACAUUUUGAUGGCUAAAAUAGGAGUAUAAAUUUUUUCUUCAGAUUUUGACAGGAAAAAGUAAGCCCAUGAGCCCAUAUAUAUAUAUACACACGCGCGUACAUAUAUAUGGUGAAAGGGUACUGGAUUUUUUUAACUGGAAGAAUUCCUUGACCUUUUACAUACUGUAUUAGAGAUCCAAAAAGGCAGGUCUGUUGAAUCUCUUUACCUGGCACAAUUUCUAGUUUUCUCCAUACUGUGCGUCACUCAGGCUUGGAGGGGAAAGGAAGUCAGAGGCUUGGGAUGCUGCGGCCGUCAGAGCAGCCUCUGGGUAGUAACACGGCAGGCCCGUUCUAGCAGGCGUUGUGUGAGGUCUGGCCCAGUAACCUUGUCUUAUCCUGAUCUCAGAAUAUUUGUUAGGAUGGUGAAGUUCUAAAGGCAGUUUUGUAGGUUUCUAGGGAACGUAAGCCCCUGGACGCACCCCCUGACACUUCAGGAAAGCGGCCUCCAGCCUUUCCGAGCACACACCUUGCUCAGUAAAAGUUUUUGAACACCAGUUUCCUCUUGCAAGAUCAUACAUGUGUAGUUGUCAACCGCUGUGUGAAAGUCACAUGUACAUUAUAAGACAACACAAAAAUCGGAAUUAAGGAUGGUGUAAAAAGGAAAUCUUGACUGGAAGUUCCACUAUUUUCUUCUUGCCCCCAGGAGAUUGUCUUGUGCACCUUCUGGCAGCACGUGCUCUCUGCCUUAAAGACCACUGACUCAGGAUAUUGUUUACAGUCUGAUCUUGAAAACGAGAGGUGGAUGCUUUUGUUGUGAUCCAUGCAAAAAUCCUUUACAUGUUUGACCUGAUUAUCAUGUCAAAUCUCUAGAAGUUCAGUUUUGUUUUUUUUUUUUAAAGAUUUUAUUUAUUUAUUAGAGAGAGACAGAGUGAGAGGCAACACAAGCAGGGGGAGUGGGAGAGGGAGAAGCAGGCUUCCCGCUGAGCAGGGAGCCCGAUGCGGGGCUCGAUCCCAGGACCCCGGGAUCAUGACCUGAGCCGAAGGCAGACGCCCAACGACUGAGCCACCCAGGCGCCCCUCUAGAAGUUCAGUUUGGAAAUCUUCAGGAAAGGUUGUCUUCAACUUCCUGAAGUGUUAUAUUAAUUCUUUUUCAUACAUGACCCAUUACCGAGUGUUUUCUAGAGCUUCACGCAUAGUAUUUUUGACAGCCUGUUGUGUCUUUUCUCUCCAAAUUAGGUGUGACUCUGUAAUUGACUUUUAUUUUACUAGUCUGCUUACAAACUUCUUUUGGCCUUAUUAGUGUUAUGUUUUACCAACAAAUUCUGAAUUAUUUUAAGUUGCUUUAUGCAAAACUAUAUAACAUCCUCCAUUUUCUUGCUGCAUUCAUGAGUUUUGAUUUUUUAUUUGUUGGAACAUUUCAGCAUCUGAAGAAAUACUUUCCUUGAUGGGCCAGUGCUAGUUAUCACUUCCCUAACUUGUAUAUAUUUUAGUUAUCCAUGCCAGAAAUGUAGAAUUGUGCUCAGGCGCCGCUCUUAGGCGUAUAGACGAGUCUGGAGAGGAGUGUGUGUGUCUUUGUGCAGAAACCUGGGGCUCCGAGUGAAUCACCAAACCAAUGGGGAAGUUAAAAAGACUACUCACCGUGUUAUCUGAGGGAGGGACAGAACAUGUUAGUUUUAAAUGGAGCUGAGGAGUUAAUUGUUCCCCCCAUAGGGAAGUGGAGGUCAACAUUAAUUUUCUUUCUUUAGCAGGUACCCUGACCGGAGAAGGGUUCUAUGGAAAACAUUUUUAUGAAUUAUCUUCUUGGUUUUGGGUCAACAAAUAAAUGUUAUUUUUAAUGCAGGAAUUACACAAAACAAGGUGCCCUGUUGUUCCUCUUAGGUCAUCAGAAUUCUGCUUACUGGAGUUUGAAGUUUUAAUCUUAGAAUCUAGAAUUCUUGUGGGUGGUAGUGUAUGAAGCAAGAAAAGAAGGCGGUUUGAUUUCAUUUCUCGUACUUGGUGGAACCUGUUAGCACAAAAGUCAUGUUUUGACCUGUAAACAGAGCAGUCUGAAAGGUGAGUUGUUGAUGUGGUUUAAAUGUUCCAUUUGAAGGUGCCAGUUUCUUCAGGCUUUUCCGAAAAAAAAAAAAAAAAAAAAAUUGCGGUAGAUUGACAGCCUGCCAGAAAAUGGCAGCUGCCGGGAUGCUGCCAUUCAUCGUGAGAGCGGGAGGCCCAGAGUGGCUUGUGUGAGAGGGGAGGCGCGUUGGCUUUCCGGCUUGCUGCAGAAAACCAAGAUGUUCAAGCUGUUGUUAAGGUCGUUUUAAAUGAACCCCCUAACAAAACUCAGGAGGGAUACAGUCAAACACAGUAAGGCUCUUGAACUCUAGUUUUUUUAGUUAUAAUACACAUCAGAAAGUUUUGUGAGAUUUAAAAUUUUAUUUUUAAAGAUGUAAUUGGAAGACUAGAGCAUUUCCUUCCAAGUCAUUCUGGUGUAUCGGCUGAGUACCUGUGUACGUGUGGAUAUGCUGAUGUGCUGAGUGUGUGCGUGCGCGUGCGUGGAAAUAAAUCUUUCAGAGGGAACAUAGAGUUUUCAUCCUCUAGGAUGGCUCCUAGGCUAUUUUAUGCGAAAAUUUAAAAGAAGAUUGGCCGCACUUUGCAGUUGCUACUUUUAAAAAACAAAUGCCUUGCACAUAUAUUUUUAAAUCCCUAGAAUUCAUCGACCUUUAAUUGCUUGCCACCAUUUUAGAGCUAGAAGGCUGCCAUGUGCUGAACAAAGCCGCGUUGACCCGCUCUCCUGCGCAUGCAUCGCUGCCCUUUCCUAACAUUUCUACACUUCUGCUUUUGUGUAGAAUCCUCAUUUUGGUGGGGUCUAAAUUUCUCAGAGAGGGUGUUUAUACGAAGUAGUAUUUCUAAAGUACAGAUUUGACCGUGAAUUGAUGAAAUGGUGGGGGAGUUCUGGCACCGUAGCCUAGUUUAUCCUUCUAAACUGUACCGAAGAGCAUUAGCAGAAACCUCAGAGUACCUUGGGCUGAAUGUUCUUCUCAGCUUUGCCUUGUUUCCCAUCUCAUAAGGGCCCAUUCUGACUCUUGUCCCUCCAAGGAUUAUGAGCUGUGCUAGGACAAGCCUGGGACCUUCAGGACAAGGGUGGGCGCGCCCUGUGGCCAAGCCAGAGUUCUAGCCAGUAGAAUCAUUCGAGUAUGCCUAGAAUAGAGUUCAGAGGUGGGAAUGCCAUGUACUGGUAUUAAAUCACUUGGCACUUUUGGGGGCGCCAUUAUUAGCACUGUUUUGUUAUUAAUAACUGGAAGCACUUAAUGAUUAUUUUGUUUAAUUUCGACCUAAGGAUAUUGAGGGUCAGAGAAGUAAUGUUUAUUUCUCGUUUAUGUUUUCUGGAAUUAAGACUCUUUGGAGAAGAGACAAAUGGAUUACCUAAUGAGCCAUUCUUUCAGGCUCUGUAAGGUAUGCUUUUUUGGCUAGGAUAUUUUAAAAUCAUUUACAAGCUUUUAGUAUUGUGCUUUGUAGAAAUGUAUGACUUUUUAACUGAUUUGCAAUUGAUGGAAUACACUCAGCUUUGUAAACUAUCCACUUUUCUGUUUCUUUCCUGUUUACUCGUUGUUGCUUAUUGUCUAUUAGACAAGGGACACGGUCCCUUCUAAGACAUUUCAUAUUUUCUGUUUUUGAGGGCAGUAUUACCAAGGCCUUUAUAUGUACAUUACAUUCAGUGCUUAUGUGAGAAGUAGCAAUGUCUUACGACCUUCCCUGUUCACGAUUAGUGAAACUAACUAAUAUGCAUAUAUGUAAAGAUAGAAAUUAAUGCAAUUAAGUUUUUUGAUCACUCGCGGCCUAUUUAUUCAGUCCGGCCAUUUGAUUUUCCUAAUCACAGUCAUAUCGGUUUCUGCACUUUUGCCUUCAUGUAGUUUCACUGACCUCUGUGGGUAGGGAAGAUUAAAUAUGAAACACUCAGUCCAGUCAUUCUGCUACUGGUAGCUUUGGUUUGAGGUGAAUACAAUUUUUGACUAAAAUUAGUUUCUUAGAAUUAUACCCUUCAUUGGCCAGAUAAUUAAAUUGGCUUAAAAAAAAAUGUAUAUUUUUGCAUAUUGACAGUAAUUUUUUAUGAGCCUUACUGGAUCUUCAGGUGUGGCUAUCACAUGAAAGUUGAAUGUUAUUAAAUAGUAAACAUUUGAUUUUCAUCCGCCCUGUGUCUGAUGCAGAAGAAAAGCAUUUGUCUGUUGUGGCAUUAACACUGGAGAGAAGUAUUCUUUUUUACGUCCCCGUCUUAGUUCGGGAUAUGCGGUAAUAAGAACUUGUCAGGGUGCUUCCCUCCAGCCUAGAUCAAUUUUCCCCCUUGUUUGUUGAAAUCGAUCUCUCACAAUAUCUAGUUUCCACCACUUCUGUGUAAUGCUGGCGCGCACUUACCCGAAGGAAUGAAUGACGGGUAAUGCGUCACUAUAACUUGGCUUAAAGUCAGUGUAAUUUACAUUAGGGAGACCUUCAAAGUAUUAAAAUUGCUUUUUUCUUCUUUUUCCUAACACUGCAAUUGACAUGAUGGUAACCACUACCAUUUAUUAAAAUCAUACUGAUUGUUGGUGCAGCGGGAGAGAAGCUGCCAUGGCUUCUAGCUGAGCAGUCUGGCCUAGCCUGUUGGGAGGCAAAGGGGUGGUGUUUUAAGGUCGAUUAGGAUUGACUGUAGCCAGAGUUUCAAACUCUGUUUGAAUGUGGCAAAGAACCUUCACACAGAGCGCAGGUAGGUGAGGACGACGAUGCGCUAGCACUUUGGGGGCUUUAUGAUAUGCUGCUUUUAAAAGAGAGAAGUGUAGCUGAUCCUCAGUGCAUCUCCAGACAUAGCAAGGGGUUGCUCUGAUAACCAAUCCGGUGACCGUUUUUUCUGUCACUUCAAGUUGUAUGCAAAACUUUUGUUAAAUUCUGUAAUGGUCUUUUUAGAAAGAGGGUAUGUUAAAAACAACUAUUUUUAUGCAGGAACUGACAGAGGAAUUUGCUUUGUAUAAUGGCAAGCUAGCUUUAAGAAAGCACUAUAGCAAAUUUACUGAAGUCCAAAACUAUGUGGACAUGUUAAUAGAUCUAUGUGCAACUAGAUAUGGACAACAAUUGUAUUUUUUUAAAUAAAUAUUUUUAACAAAAUGA